AUGACUACUAUUACAUCCCUUGUUGGUAGUAAUAAUCCCACUAUUCCAACCUCAACGGCGGAAUCUCAACUAUUGCAAUUACUCAUUCAUGCCGGUUAUCAUCGUGCCCGCCUGCAGUCAAUUCCUCUUUUCUCUCGUAUUACCGGUGGUCUCCUUUGGGGAUUACGGCAAGCCCAUUAUUAUUAUCAUUAUCAUCAUCACUCACUAUCACUAUCAUCAUUAUUAUUAUUAUUUACAGAGAACCCGACGGACCUGCGAGUGAAGCUGCACAUCGCUGAGUAUCUCUGCAAAGCCCUUCAACAGUUGCAGUGUCCAUAUACUAUUCACCCGCAUCAAAUACAAGGAUUAGAUAGUCUCUCCCUACUCCCUAUUGUGGAAUGGCUGUUGGAAAGAGUAAAGACUAUACGGGGAGAAGAGGCGAUGGCAGUGGAGGAACACACCGCGUGGGAUUUCUAUCGUCGCUUUGGUACUCCACUUCCACAUAUUCUUUCCACCUUGUCUACAUCCACACUAAUGAACCCACAAUCUCAACAAGGAGAAGAAGAAGAAAAAGAAAAAGAAAAAGAAGAAAAUAAUAAUAAUAAUAAUAAUAAUAAUAAUAAUAAUAAUAAUAAUAAUAAUAAUAAUAAUAAGGAUCGAAUGUCUGUGGAGAGUGAAAGGUGGAUGCCUACGGUGUAUGCGAUAUUACAUCCCAACAAUCGUUCUCCUGCUCCUGUGAGACAAUACAUUGCAGAUAUCACACAUCACAAUAAUAAUAAUAAUAAUAAUAAUAAUAAUAAUAAUAAAGAUAAUAAUGAUAAUGAUAAUGAUAAGAAGAAUAGAAAGUGUGUGGAAGAUGGCCGUACUGUUUAUACCUCACCGCUGGAACAUGUAUCCUCUGUGCUGUUGGAGUACGGUGUGCGGUAUGAACUGCGGGAUCCCAUUCUUAUUAAUACUACUAUUAAUAUUAAUACUAACACUAUACUGGAGUCCACAAUAGAAAGAGAAGAAACUACAACUGUCAACACCGUACACAUUGUGAAGAAUAUAAAGAGAGAAGGAUCAUCAUCAUCUCAACAAGAAGAAGAAAAAGAAGAAAAAGAGGAACAGUGUAUGUUGGAUACACUUAUGCCGUACAUGCGAGCAUACCGUGAGCGAAGAGAUGCAAAACUAUCGCGUUCAAAACUGCAGGAUUUUAUAUACACAACUCCAACGAUAUUCAUACCUGUUGAGAUGCAGAAACUUCCUAAUGUCUAUCCACAAGGGAAAGAUAGAGAAGAAAAAGAAAAACAAGAAGAAAAGGAUAAACGUGAGAAGGAAUAUGUUCUUGUAAAGGCCAAGUUAAACCGCAAACAACAGGCCACUGAACGUUAUAUACAUAAAUGCCAGGAACUCCAACAACAUUGUGUGGAACUGGAAGAAGAUAUCAUCCACAAACAAUCUCUCAUAAAGACAAGAGAAGAAAAGGCCUCACGGCGAAUGAAUAAACGAACAAGUCGAUUACAACAAUUACAUGAAGUCCAUCAACGUGUAUUGGAUGAUCCCACACGUGCAGCCGCACUGCAGCGAUUAAAAGAAUUAUUUCAACAAAGAGAUGAACUGCAACGUUUGGCUGAACAACAAAAACAGGAUGGACGACAACAAAUAGCGGCUAUGAAAGCAGAAUGUAAAUCUCUUGCCGCUCGUAUAGAGAAAACACAUCCUCCUCCUCAUAAUAAUAAUAAUAAUAAUAAUAAUAAUAAUAAUAAUAAUACUAUUGAGGAUAUAGAUAAGGAACUUUUAUAUGAAAAGGAUCGUCUGCAUAUGGCGGAGGUGGAAUUGGCUUCAUUAGAUCAACAGGCGGUGGAAUUACUGCGCCGCACAGACACACAUCCCACACGGGCGGAGUUACUGCAGAUGUCAUUACGUAUUUCGGAAUUAAAUGAAGUCAUCGCACAUGGACACAGUGAAGUUCAGAUGGCUUUUACACAGUUUAACACACAGACAGAAGUAUUGAAGUGUUUGCAGAGUGAGAAGAGUAUUAUGGAAGAAUUAUCAAAUGGAACGGAACAGUAUCUACGUAAUGUUAUUGGCUCUACUAAUAGUAGUAAUAAUAAUAAUAAUAAUAAUAAUAAUAAUAAUAAUAAUAAUAAUAAUAAUAUUAAUGUUAAUAAAGAUGAUGGUGUGAAACUAAUGGCGGCGUAUACACGUGUAGAGAGAGAACUGCAGGAGUCACUCAACACUCUACUAGAGCGAAGAAAAGAUGUGGAGAUGCGACUCUCUGCAGUGAAGAGGGAAUAUGAUAUGUGGAUAGAUAAACAACAGCAUCAUCAGAAUAUACUGCGGGAGUUGAGAAGGGAAAUGGAAAUACAUAAUGCUCUAGAGCAGGAAAAAGAAGUAUUUAUCCUUGGCGAUUAUCCCUGA